GCGCAAACAUGGCGUCCUCCACCUCCGCUCGGACACCGGCGGGGAAGCGAGUGGUGAAUCAGGAAGAACUGAGGCGGUUGAUGAAGGAGAAGCAGCGCCUGAGCACCAACCGGAAGAGGAUAGAAUCCCCGUUCGCCAAAUACAACCGUCUGGGGCAGUUGAGCUGCGCGCUAUGUAACACCCCGGUCAAGAGCGAGCUCCUGUGGCAGACCCAUGUUCUGGGAAAGCAGCACCGGGAGAGAGUAGCGGAGCUGAAAGGCGCCAAGGGAGCAACCCAGGGCCCUUCGGCCGGCACUGCGCCUCAGCCCACCAAGAGGAGAGCGACGGAUGAGGAGAGCCAAGACGCCAAGAAAGCCAAGGCCUCCGUGGGGCCUCAGGUACAGCCCUCCACCUCAGCCUCGUCCGCCAACUUUGAGAAGUCGGGAAAAGAGGCCUCUAGGGCGGCCCCCAGUAAACCUGGACUCGGUUUACUCCCUGAUUAUGGAGAUGAGGAGGAGGAGGAGGAAGAAGAACAGGGAGGUGGGGAAGAAAGAAGAGACAGCAGCAAGCAUCUUCCCGAUGCACAGGGCAGAGAACACUCGCUUGCCUCUCCGAGGGAGACAACAAGCAAUGUGCUGCUAAACGACCCCUUUAAUACAAAUCCUCCCAAGGCCCCCUUAGUUCCUCAUUCAGGGUCAAUUGAGAAAGCAGAAAUACACGAAAAAGUGGUGGAAAGGAGAGAGAACACCGCCGAAGCAUUACCAGAAGGAUUCUUCGACGACCCUGAGGUAGAUGCAAAGGUCCGGAAGGUUGAUGCCCCAAAGGAUCAGAUGGACAAAGAGUGGGAUGAGUUUCAAAAGGCUAUAAGGCAAGUCAAUACUAUCUCUGAGGCGAUCGUGGCUGAAGAGGAUGAGGAGGGACGGUUGGACCGGCAGAUUGGAGAGAUUGACGAGCAGAUAGAAUGUUACCGUCGAGUGGAAAAGCUGCGGAAUCGCCAGGAUGAAAUAAAAAACAAACUUAAAGAGGUUUUGACCAUAAAAGAACUUCAGAAAAAGGAAGAGGAGAAUGUGGACAGUGAUGACGAGGGAGAAUUACAGGAUUUGCUGUCUCAGGACUGGAGGGUAAAGGGGGCUUUGCUGUAAGGUUUUGAAGACCCGAGAUUUCCAUCAGUCUCCGAUGUCCCUUAAAAAGUGCUGUGUCCAAGUUCUUGGGUUCCUCUGUCCUUGGAUACACUUGAUUGUUGGGAUAAAGUAAUCGAGUGAACAGUAAUACUUUGGGGAUGGUACUGCGUGCGGUGCUAUUUAUUAUAAAAUGUUUGAGGUAAAACUGUUUUUGACAUUUUUGAAAUUAUAACCACAAAUUGCCAAGUUUUUCAACUUUACAGGCUCAAUGUGGUUUUUCAGUUGUAAAAUCUAAAUUGUAAAUAUUGCACAUAGCUAAGUAUAUAUUUAUACAAGUCACUCUUUUGAACCUUACAGAAGUCAGAUUAAAAAAGACAUUUAUAUGA